GCACUCCAAGGUCUUCGCCAGAUGCCCUGGUCCCAGCCGGUCUGCGUCUCCAGGGACCUCUCAGGAGCGCAUCCAAAUAGAAACUGGGCUCAGCCUUUUGUCGCUGCCAGUGGUGCCUGGAGGGGUUUGGGAUCAGCCCACAGGUCCUGGCUUCCCAGGAGAAAGAGUGAUCGAGUGAAGGAAUGAGGGGAGAAAGAAGAGGUGCUUGGAAUCAGAUAUCAUCAUUUCUGGGGACGUCUUUAACUGGACACUGAGAUUUCUGUCUCUAAGAAUUACAUGGCAGACACAGAAGAGACAAAAGACAGAAUCCAUGUUAACGUUUCCUGAGCACAGAAAAAGAUGAUCAAGACCCAGGAAUUGCUGACACUGGAGGAUGUGGCUGUGGAGUUCAACUGGGAGGAGUGGCAGCUCCUGGAUCCUGUUCAGAAAGACCUAUACCGGGAUGUGAUGUUGGAGAACUAUAACAAUUUGGUGUCACUGGGAUAUCAAGCUAUCAAACCAGAUAUGCUCUCCAAGUUGGAACAUGGAAAAGAACCUUGCAUAAUAGAACAUGAAAUCCAGAAUAGAUCCUGUCCAGGAUUUGGGAAAGUUGACAGUCAUUUGCUGGAGCACUCUCAAAACCAAAGAUUUCCAAAGAGUGUGCAACAAUGCAGUGAACAGAAUGCAUUUAGAAAGAGUGCUCAUCUGAGCAAAACACAUUUAGCCCUGACACAAAAUCAUAUGUUUGACAUAUGUAGAAAAGCUUUGAAAUCAACCUUAAGUUUAGCUAACCAGAAGAGAAGAUGUGAAAUAAAGAACCCUGUGGAGUUUGAUGGAGAUGAGAAGUCCUUUCUACGUGGUGAUCAUGGACAGUUGUAUUCUGGAAUUGAAUUUCCUCAAAGUACAAAACACAUCAGUGCUAAAUUCCAAGUCCUUAAGCAUCAGAAGACUCACAAAAUAGAGAAAUCCCAAGCCUACAUUGAAAGUGAGAGAACACACAUCAGGAAAUCUCAGCUUAUUUCUCAUGAGAGCAUUCAUACAGGAGACAGACCCCAUGGGUGUGAUCUGUGUUUGAAAUCCUUCUCCAGAAAUGUCACGUUCACUAAACAUCAGAAAACUCAAACACGAGACAAACCCCAUUUAACCAGUGAAUGCAGAAAAGGCUCCACUGUGAAGAGCAGUCCCAGUGUACAUCAGCAAACCCAAACAGGGGAGAAAUCCUAUAUAUGCAGUGAGUGUGGAAAAGGCUUCACAAUGAAGCGCUAUCUGAUUGCACAUCAGCGAACUCAUAGUGGAGAGAAACCUUAUGUCUGCAGUGAAUGUGGAAAAGGCUUCACUGUGAAGAGCAAUCUCAUUGUGCAUCAGCGCACUCACACAGGGGAGAAACCCUAUAUAUGCAGUGAAUGUGGGAAAGGCUUCACCAUGAAGCGCUAUCUUGUUGUACACCAGCGAACUCAUACUGGAGAGAAACCAUAUUUGUGCAAUGAGUGUGGGAAAGGCUUCACCGUGAAGAGUAAUCUCAUUGUACAUCAGCGCUCUCAUACAGGGGAGAAAUCUUACAUAUGCAGUGAAUGUGGAAAAGGCUUCACUGUUAAACGGACUCUCAUUAUACAUCAGCGAACUCACACGGGAGAGAAAUCUUACCUGUGUAACGAAUGCGGAAAAGGCUUCACCACAAAACGCACUCUCGUUAUACACCAGCGAACGCACACAGGAGAGAAACCCUAUGGAUGCAAUGAGUGUGGUAAAGCCUUCAGCCAGAAGAUAUGCCUCAUACAACAUGAGAGAAUUCACACAGGAGAGAAACCCUAUGAGUGUGAUGAAUGUGGAAAAGCCUUCACCACGAAGUCAGUACUCAAUGUACAUCAAAGAACUCACACAGGAGAGAAACCAUAUGGAUGCAGUGAUUGUAAGAAAGCCUUCUCCCACUUGUCAAACCUUGUUAAACAUAAGAAAAUGCACAUAAGAGAAAUGGCCCAUGUAUGCAGUGAGUGUGGGAAGGCCUUCUGCAAGGUGUCUGAGCUCUUUGAUCAUCAGAGAGUUCAUACAAUAGAGAAACCGCAUGGAUGCAAUCUGUGUGGGAAAGCCUUCUCCAGAAAAUCCAGGCUCAGUGAACAUCAGAGAAUUCAUACAGGACUGAAAUAUUAUGUGUGCACUGCAUGUAAUAAAACCUUCUUCAAGAAGUCGCAAUUCAACAUACAUCAGAAAAGUCACAUGGGAGAGAAACCUUACACAUGUAGUGAGUGUGGGAAAGCAUUCAUCAAAAAGUGUCGGCUCAUUUAUCAUCAGCGAACUCAUACAGGGGAGAAGCCCCAUGGAUGCAGUCUGUGUGGAAAAGCCUUCUCUACAAAGUUCAGUCUCACUACACAUCAGAAAACUCAUACAGGAGAGAAACAAUAUGUAUGCAGUGAAUGUGGAAAAGGUUUCAUCGAGAAGAGGCGUCUUAUUGCACACCAUCGAACUCAUACUGGUGAGAAACCCUUUGUAUGCAAUGAAUGUGGGAAAGGUUUUACCUUGAAGAACAGUCUUAUCACACAUCAGCAAACUCACAGAGAAAAGAAAUUGUAUAUGUGCAGUGAAUGUGGGAAAGGCUUUUCUAUGAAGCACUGCCUCAUCGUACAUCAGCGAACUCAUACUGGAGAGAAACCCUAUACAUGUAAUGAUUGUGGAAAAGGCUUCACCUUGAAAAGCCCUCUCAUCAGACAUCAGCGAACUCAUACAGGAGAGAAGCCCUAUGUAUGCAGUGUUUGCGGAAAAGGCUUCACCAUGAAGAGUGAUCUUACUGUACAUCAACGAACUCAUACUGCAGAGAAACCAUAUAUAUGCAGUAACUGUGGGAAAGGCUUCACUGUAAAGAGUCGCCUGAUUGUACAUGAGCGAACUCACACAGGGGAGAAACCAUACGUGUGCAGUGAAUGUGGAAAAGGCUUUCCAGCCAAGAUCCGCCUGAUCGGACAUCAGCGAAUUCAUACAGGAGAGAAACCCUAUGUAUGCAGUGAAUGUGGAAAAGGCUUCACAGAGAAGAGUCAUCUCAAUGUACACCGGCGUACUCACACAGGAGAGAAACCCUACGUAUGCAACGAAUGUGGCAAAGGCUUAACUGGGAAAAGCAUGCUCAUCGCACAUUUGCGAACUCAUACUGGAGAGAAACCAUAUAUAUGUAAUGAAUGUGGUAAAGGCUUCACCAUGAAGAGUACUCUAGGUAUACAUCAGCAGACUCACACUGGAGAGAAGCUGUACAAAUGCAACGAGUGUAGUAAAGCCUUUAGGAAGAAGACAUGCCUCAUACAACAUCAGAGAUUUCACUCAGGAAAGACUUCCUUUGCAUGUACUGAAUGUGGAAAAUUCUCUCUGCGCAAAAAUGACCUCAUUACCCAUCAGAGAAUUCACACAGGAGAGAAGCCAUAUGAAUGCAGUGAAUGUGGGAAAGCUUUCACCACAAAGUCAGGGCUCAAUGUUCAUCAAAGAAAACAUACAGGAGAGAGGCCCUAUGGAUGCAGUGAGUGUGGGAAAGCUUUUGCCCACUUGUCAAUCCUUGUUAAACAUAAGAGAAUUCACAGGUAGUCACUUUGAGGAAGCCUGUUGCCAGUUGUACUCAAGAUAAUAGUAUACAGUGAAAAAUCACAAUGCAAAGAUCGUGGUAUUAUCUUUUGUGAUCAAUUACCUCAUUUUAUGUUGACGAAAAAAUUUACAAAACAACUCAGAUACAAUCAGCCUUGGUGAAAAUAUUUUAGGACAUUUUAAUAUCUAAAAAGUGUGUAGUGAGAUAAAGCCUAGGAAUGUGAAAGACUAGGAAAGCCUUCAGUGGAAAUACACCCUAUCAUAUGUGAUCGUCAUAGAUCAUGAGUGAAUGAAUAUUUCUAAUUGGUAGAAAUAUAAUUGUGGGAAAGCCUUUGCCCAGAAGUAACACCUCAAAAAUGUCAGUUAACACUAGAGAAAUACUUUCUUAUGGUGAUGAAUAUGGCAGGGUUUGCAGUGAUAAAUAUUGCCUCAUCAUUUGCUAGGAGAUCUGUGCAGAGAUACAUGGAAUAUGCUGGACUUUAACAAAAUAUCAGACAACUUAAUGAAGGGAAGAAGGCUUGGGGAAAUGAUGAAUGAGAUCAUUCUGUCACCUAAACUUAAGAGAAAAUACACCUCACAAGCAACUGGGGGAAGGAUACCUUCAGCCAUAUUUCUAGUUGCCUUGUCAUUGAUCUUAUAAAUUUUAAAUAGUGGCCGUUACUCUCCUGAUGAAUUGAAUUUUAAUAUAUACGGUGCAAGAGUGUUGAAUGCUUGUUUCAUUAUUUAACUUUUGCAUCUC